AGGUCAAAGAGUGUGUAAAAAUGUAUUGUUAACGUAGUAGUAACUUAAUGUCUUUCAUAUGUCAAGGGAACAUGCGAGUUGGGUUGCUAGGAUAAUUUGAGAGAGAAUCCAGUGACAUAAUCGAAAGUUGAAGCCCAUUCGAAUUCUAUUUGAUAAUUGAAAUAGUGGAGUUUGAAUAUACAUGUAGUGUUUAAUGUGAAUAUAAAAAAAUGAUGCACCAGAUGUAUAAUAUCACUCACUAAAAACUACGAAAUGAUCUACAAACUAUCCAAUCACAUGAUCAAAGUGAUGUCCUAUUUAACAUUCACUAUGCAUUGCCCUUCAAUGAUAUUCCCGUUUUACAAGAUAUGGGUCAUGACUUGUGACUUUCUAUGGGAUGGGUUAUGUUGUGGAGAGGAAGUGGUUGCUACUUGCUACAAACCUACAUGCAUAAAUAAAACCAAUGAGUGACAUAUCUGCUUACUGGAAAAAGAAGAAUGACUAGUUACUCACUCACAUGAAACAUCGGUGACCAAUUGGUACUUAUUAUGCCCUCGCGGUUCUGAGUCUGGCUCUCUCAGUCUCUCUUCCCUUUUGUUCGUUCUUCUCGUUAAACCCUGAACAGCAAGAAACAAACCCCCUGGUUUUCGGAUUCGCCGGACGUCUGAACAGCAAGAAAUCCGGACGCCGGAAGUCCGAUUCUUUCCACGGAAAACGAAACUCGAAUGUGCGAAUCAAGAUGGCUAUGGGGACAGCUUCAAUUUCUAAAACCCUAACAAACGCAUUUAUCUUGAGAGGUUCCCGCCGCAUCAUCUCUUCCUCUUCCCCAUCAUCUUCGUCGCGCUACAGCACUGCUUCUGCUGCGGUUCUUGAUCUUCCGCCCCCUGUAGAGCCGAAUCCCUCUCCUCGACCUCAAGAGCAACCGAGGAGCGGGUCGUCGUGGUCAAGAUGGUUGCUUUUUCUUCCUGGAACGAUUACUUUUGGCCUUGGCACUUGGCAGAUCUUCAGAAGAGAGGAGAAGAUAAAGGUGCUUGAGCAUAGACAGAGGAGAUUAGCACUGGAACCUAUGAAGUUGAACGAUCCCUCUCCAUCAGAACAACUUGACGCACUGGAAUUUAGAAGAGUUUCCUGCAAAGGAGUGUUUGAUGAAGAUAGAUCUAUAUUUGUGGGUCCACGUUCAAGAAGUAUUUCGGGAGUGACAGAAAAUGGCUUCUAUGUGGUUACUCCCCUUAUGCCCAUUCCCGGAGACCCCACGAGCGUGAAGUCGCCGAUUCUAGUCAACAGAGGAUGGGUCCCACGCAUUUGGAAAGAAAGAUCUCUAGAAGCUUCACUCAAUACUACUAAACAGCUCCCUGAUGUAUCAGCAGUCCCUAAAACUCAAGAGAGUCAAAGGGGUUCACGGUGGUGGCGGUUCUGGUCAAAGAAGCCACAAGCUAGUGAGGUUCAACCACCUUCCAUGGAUCCUGUAGAAGUAAUUGGCGUGGUACGAGGAAGUGAAAACCCAAGCAUUUUCGUACCUGAAAAUGAUCCAAGCUCAGGGCAAUGGUUCUAUGUCGACAUUCCUGCAAUUGCUGCCACAUGUGGGCUUCCUGAAAAUGACAUCAUAUAUGUAGAGGACGUCCAUGAGAAUGUUAAUCCGAGUUGCCCAUACCCUCUUCCAAAAGAUGUCACUGCCUUGAUUAGCAGUUCAGUCAUGCCACAAGACCAUCUCAAUUACUCAUUCACAUGGUAUACUCUAUCUGCUGCUGUCACAUUUAUGACAUUUAAACGGUUAAAGCAAAGGUAAACCCGGAGGUAGCUGAGGUUUAGAAGCAAGUAACAGAUCUGGGCAUUUUUGUGAAGCAACGGACGCCUAUUGUGCAUUGGCAGAACCACCAGAACUACUAGCAGUGUAUGAAGUUUGUGAAUUUCAUCUUCUGGCCUUAACUUUGUAACGUGAUGGAAGUUUGCGCACCUGCACCAAGCCACCAACUGUAUCAUGCUGCUGCGGCCACGUUCUGAUCGUUAGACAUAGUUUUUCUUACAUUAGACUGAAUUCUGGCAUCUGUUAUGAAUUCAUUUGGUGGUGAUUUCGAAUUGCGCAAUGAAUUCAUAGUCAUCACUGCUUCGUUUUAUCAUGCAUUCUAAAAGUUGAGGCUCCUCAGUUGCGAAAUGAAAACUAAUUGCCUUAAAGACUCAUCAUAUUUCGUGCAAGGUUUACAACCAGCGGGUUGACCCACUUGAUCCUGAUCCGGUGAGAAAAAUGGGCCACAUGCACCCACUGGGUCGACCGCUACAAGUUAUUGGAUUGGAGGUCAAAUUGUGUCGUUUUUUUCUUUGAUUUGCGAAAUGCGCCUAUUUUUCGAUUUUUCUUUUCGCCUAACUCAAUAUUUGGAAUCCAUAAUUAAACAUUUGAAUGUUGAUAUUAUAUAUGUGUGUGUGUGUGAAUUUUCACUAUAUGUUGAAUCUAAGUACGACAUGUUACUUUGGUGUAAUAUAUGUUAUUACUCAUAUAUUAGAUGAGAUUUGAUAUAAUUUAUCAGGAUAAGUACAAUAUAAUGAUUCUUUCCAUAUUUUCAGGCUAAAACAGGUGAUCCGUUAACCCUUGACCCACUAACUUGACCGAAUUUGGAUCAACCCGAGGGUUGACAACCUUGAUUUAGUGCUAAUUCAUGCCACAAACAUCUGAUGAGCAAUGGCUCCCUGAAUUUCCACCGUUAGAUUUAUCCAAUUUAUCUGAGUGUCCAAAAUUAUUUAUCCAUGCUUAAGAUGACAAUGUUUGCUUAUUAGGCUAACUAAUCAGUGAGUAGUGAGAUUUAUUGUACUACUUUUUUUUAGCAGACAGAGUCAGUAAUAAGUAAUAACUAAUAAG